UUUACUCGCUAGUGCAAUAUUCUGCAGUUUAACCAUAUCUGUGAUUCUAGACCACACUUGUGCCUAGAAGCCAUGGCACUGAGUGAAGGGAAGUAAAGGAACAGGGACUUAAAAGCAUUCUUCUCUUUAGCAGAUGGAGAACUUUGAAAUGCCAAUUCACUUUUUAAAAAAUUCUAGACUGUUUAAGGCACAGGCAAAUUUCUUAAAAAUGUUCUUAAAAAUUCCUAGCUUGUGUCUUACAGACACAGUGAUGUAGACUUUAGAUGGUGUGGGUGUUUCUUCUCUUGCGAAAUGUUUCCUACGUCCAUGUUUUUUCUUGGUAGUCUGAUAAGAUCUGUAGGUACAUAUAAAGUUCACAGUGACUCUAACAGCCAAACAAAAUCUUAUAUGAAGGUUUUCAUGAAGUUAGAUAGUAUGUUCACUUCUAACACCUUUUAUUCCUAAGCUUGGUAGUAUUUCUUUUUUACUACCCUUAAAAUCAACUUGUUGCCUAUUCUACCUUCUCUUUCAUUUAUGGACCCAUCAAUAAUUAUCUAUCAAUACAGCAACUUGCUCAUGACAUUUAAGCCAAUUAGUUGAGCUGUAGGUAACUCAGUAAAAGGAUUAUACAUGAAAAUCUCCUUUUAGGGUAUGAAUCAAAGCUAUCAAUCAGCCCAUUAAUAAUUCUGAUUUUCUGUAUGUUUGCAGCACUCACCUAAUCUGUAACUAUAAUAUAUUUGUCCCACUUUCCUUGUUUUGUAUAAUCAAACAGUAAUCAAUACAAACUAUGACUACUGCAAAAUGAGACUUCUGAAGCUUUGAGGACAAAUCCAUCAUCAGCAUGCAUAUAAAAGUCACUGCAGAGAGUCUUUUCUUUCUUUCUUAAGUGCCCUUGAAACCCAGCAACUGAAUUAUAGUCCAGGCCCCCAAAGAGAGCUACAAGGUUAUAAUUGUCUCACACUUAAUUACAUGCAUUAUCUUUGUAGACAGACAAAGUCAUUUUGUACCAUGCGUAGAGAAUAAAAUCACUAUGAAUUUUUAUAUUGCUGGCUCAUUGAUUCACAGAAAGUAGAAAUUUAUGCAAGAGCCAUGUCUAACAAUGUAAAUGUUCAGCGAAGUCCAAGAACACUGCCUUCACUGUUCUGGGACUGGGCCUCACAUUCACAGACUUGCUAUUCUUCUGUUUCACUCUUGGGCCUAGUGAGGCAGCUUAUUUUUCCUUUUUCUUUCAUUGGUCACAGUUCUUUCUCUUCAGUAUGUCGUCUUCUCUACGUUUCUGAGGGAGUGUUAGCUUGAGGCCUUGCCUUGACAUAAUCAGAUAUAAUCAGAAAAAUGAAAAAUGCCAUAGGAAAGAGAGCUAUUUUUGCCAAGGUGUGAGAGAGAAAUACCACCACUUUCAAGCACUGUUUUCUUCUACUGGAGCCUGCUCAAUAGGGACAUCAGCUUUGCUGGGACCUUAGCCUGCCGCUGGAAAUGGCCCUCUCAGUGGACUCAUCAUGGCAUCGGUGGCAGUGGAGAGUCAGAGAUGGCAUCUCCCAUUGUCCAUCAGAAACCACACCGCUGCUCUCUCCAGAGAAAGGGAGACAGAGCUACAACUUGACACAGCAGCGGGUCGUGUUCCCCAACAACAGCAUAUUCCAUCAAGAUUGGGAAGAGGUCUCCAGGAGAUACCCCGGCAACAGAACCUGCACAACCAAAUACACCCUCUUCACCUUCCUGCCCCGGAACCUCUUUGAACAAUUUCAUAGGUGGGCUAACGUCUAUUUCCUGUUCCUGGUGAUUCUGAACUGGAUGCCCUCCGUGGAAGUCUUCCACAGGGAAAUCACCAUGUUACCAUUGGCCAUUGUCCUGUUUGUCAUCAUGAUCAAGGAUGGCAUGGAGGACUUCAAGAGACACCGCUUCGAUAAAGCCAUAAACUGCUCCCACAUUCGAAUAUAUGAAAGAAAAGAGCAGACCUACGUGCAGAAGCACUGGAAGGAUGUCCGCGUGGGAGACUUCAUCCAAAUGCGAUGCAACGAGAUUGUCCCAGCAGACAUUCUCCUCCUUUUCUCCUCGGACCCCAGCGGGAUAUGCCAUCUGGAAACUGCCAGCUUGGAUGGAGAGACGAACCUCAAACAAAGACAUGUCGUGAAGGGCUUCUCACAGCAGGAGGUACAAUUCGAGCCAGAGCUUUUCCACAAUACCAUCGUGUGUGAGAAACCCAACAACCACCUCAACAAAUUUAAGGGUUAUAUGGAGCAUCCUGACAAGACCAGGACUGGAUUUGGCUGUGAGAGUCUUCUGCUUCGAGGCUGCACCAUCAGAAACACCGAGGUGGCUGUUGGCAUUGUCAUCUAUGCAGGCCAUGAGACAAAAGCCAUGCUGAACAACAGCGGUCCCCGGUACAAACGCAGCAAGAUUGAGCGGCGCAUAAACACAGACAUCUUCUUCUGCAUUGGGAUCCUCAUCCUCAUGUGCCUUAUUGGAGCUGUAGGUCACAGCAUCUGGAAUGGGACCUUUGAAGAACACCCUCCCUUUGACGUGCCAGAGGCCAACGGCAGCUUCCUUCCCCGUGCCCUUGGGGGCUUCUACAUGUUCCUCACAAUGAUUAUCCUGCUCCAGGUGCUGAUCCCCAUCUCUUUGUACGUCUCCAUUGAGCUGGUGAAGCUCGGGCAAGUGUUCUUCUUGAACAAUGACCUUGACCUGUAUGAUGAAGAGACUGAUUUAUCUAUUCAGUGUCGAGCCCUCAACAUCACGGAGGACUUGGGCCAGAUCCAGUACAUCUUCUCUGAUAAGACGGGGACCCUGACAGAGAACAAGAUGGUGUUUCGACGUUGCACCAUCAUGGGCAGCGAGUAUUCUCACCAAGAAAAUGCUAAGCGACUGGAGACCCCAAAGGAGCUGGACUCGGAUGGUGAAGAGUGGACCCAGUACCAAUGCCUGUCCUUCCCAGCCAGAUGGGCCCAGGAUUCAACAACUAUGAGAGGCCAAAAAGGUGCUCAGCCUUUGAAGAGGAGCCAGAGUGCCCGGGUGCCCAUCCAGGGCCACUACCGGCAAAGGUCUAUGGGGAACCGUGAAAGCUCACAGCCUCCUGUGGCCUUCAGCAGCUCCAUAGAAAAAGAUGUGACUCCAGAUAAAAACCUACUGACCAAGGUUCGAGAUGCUGCCCUGUGGCUGGAGACCUUGACGGACAGCAGACCUGCCAAGCCUUCCCUCUCCACCACCUCCUCCGUUGCCGAUUUCUUCCUUGCCUUAACCAUCUGCAACUCUGUCAUGGUGUCCACAACCACCGAGCCCAGGCAGAGGGUUACCAUCAAACCCUCAAGCAAGGCUCUGGGGACGUCCCUGGAGAAAAUUCAGCAGCUCUUCCAGAAGUUAAAGCUAUCGAGCCUCAGCCAGUCAUUCUCAUCCACUGCGCCCUCUGACACAGAUCUGGGGGAAAGUUUGGGGGCCAAUCUGGCCACCACGGACUUGGAUGAGAGAGAUGAUGCCUCUGUGUGCAGUGGAGGUGACUCCACGGAUGAUGGUUUCUACAGGAGCAGCACGUGGGACCAGUGCAACAUCCUGGAGUCUGGGUCGGGCACUUCCUUGGAGGAGGUGCUGGAGGCUCCUGCCCCAGGCCUGGCCAGUCCUGAGUUCUGUUACGAGGCUGAGAGCCCUGAUGAGGCCGCCCUGGUGCACGCUGCCCAUGCCUACAGCUUCACGCUAGUGUCCCGGACACCUGAACAGGUGACUGUGCGCCUGCCCCAAGGCACCUGCCUCACCUUUAGCCUCCUCUGCACCCUGGGAUUUGACUCUGUCAGGAAGAGAAUGUCUGUCGUUGUGAGGCACCCACUGACUGGUGAGAUCAUCAUCUAUACCAAGGGUGCUGACUCGGUCAUCAUGGACCUGCUGGAAGACCCCGCCUGUGUGCCUGACAUUGAUGUAGAAAAGAAGCUGAGAAAAAUCCGAGCCCGGACCCAAAAACAUCUAGACUUGUAUGCAAGAGAUGGCUUGCGCACUCUGUGCAUUGCCAAGAAGGUUGUAAGCGAAGAAGACUUCCGGAGAUGGGCCAGUUUCCGGCGUGAGGCUGAGGCAUCCCUUGACAACCGAGAUGAGCUUCUCAUGGAGACGGCACAGCAUCUGGAGAAUCAACUCACCUUACUUGGAGCCACUGGGAUCGAAGAUCGGCUGCAGGAAGGAGUUCCAGAUACAAUUGCUGCUCUGCGGGAGGCUGGGAUCCAGCUCUGGGUCUUGACUGGAGAUAAGCAGGAGACAGCAGUCAACAUCGCCCAUUCCUGCAGACUGUUAGAUCAGACCGACAUGGUGUACUCCAUCAAUACAGAGAAUCAGGAGACCUGUGAAUCCAUCCUCAAUUGUGCACUGGAAGAGCUAAAGCAAUUUCACGAAUUACAGAAGCCAGGCCGCAAGCUCUUUGGGUUCCGCUUACCUUCCAAGACACCAUCUAUCACCUCAGAAGCUGUGGUUCCAGAAGCUGGAUUGGUCAUUGACGGGAAGACAUUGAAUGCCAUUUUCCAGGGAAAGCUGGAGAAGAAGUUUCUGGAAUUGACCCAGUAUUGUCGGUCUGUACUGUGCUGCCGCUCCACACCACUCCAGAAGAGUAUGAUAGUCAAGCUGGUGCGAGACAAGUUGCGCGUCAUGACCCUUUCCAUAGGUGAUGGAGCAAAUGAUGUAAGCAUGAUUCAGGCUGCUGAUAUUGGAAUUGGAAUAUCUGGACAGGAAGGCAUGCAGGCCGUCAUGUCCAGCGACUUUGCCAUAGCCCGCUUUAAGCACCUCAAGAAGCUGCUGCUUGUGCACGGCCACUGGUGUUACUCGCGCCUGGCCAGGAUGGUGGUGUACUACCUCUACAAGAACGUGUGCUAUGUCAACCUGCUCUUCUGGUAUCAGUUCUUCUGUGGUUUCUCCGGCUCCACCAUGAUCGAUUACUGGCAGAUGAUAUUCUUCAAUCUCUUCUUUACCUCCUUGCCUCCUCUCGUCUUUGGAGUCCUGGACAAAGACAUCUCUGCAGAAACACUCCUGGCAUUACCUGAGCUAUACAAGAGUGGCCAGAACUCUGAGUGCUACAACCUGUCGACUUUCUGGAUUUCUAUGGUGGAUGCAUUCUACCAGAGCCUCAUCUGUUUCUUUAUCCCUUACCUGACCUAUAAAGGCUCUGAUAUAGACGUCUUUACUUUUGGGACACCAAUCAACACCAUCUCCCUCACCACAAUCCUCUUGCAUCAGGCAAUGGAAAUGAAGACAUGGACCAUUUUCCAUGGGCUCGUGCUCCUUGGCAGCUUCCUGAUGUACUUUCUGGUAUCCCUCCUGUACAACGCCACCUGCGUCAUCUGCAACAGCCCCACAAAUCCCUACUGGGUGAUGGAAGGCCAGCUCUCAGACCCCACUUUCUACCUCGUCUGCUUUCUCACACCAGUUGUGGCUCUUCUCCCAAGGUGCUUUUUCCUAUCUCUACAAGGAACCUAUGGGAAGUCUUUAAUCUCAAAAGCUCAGAAAAUUGACAAACUCCCCACAGACAAAAGAAACCUAGAAAUCCAGAGUUGGAAAAGCAGACAGAGGCCUGUCCCUGCCCCUGAAGUGGCUCGACCCACCCGCCACUCAGUGUCAUCUAUCACAGAACAGGACUUCAGUGCCAGCACCCCAAAGAGCUCUAACCCUCCCAAGAGGAAGAACACAGAAGAGUGGAUGAUCCACGAACAGAGAUGUGGCAGAGAGUGCAUGAGGGAUGACUCAUGCUCAAGGGACUCCUCAGCUAAACUUUCAUCUGGAGAGCACCUGCUGGGGCCUCAUAGAACAAUGGCCUACUCAAGAGGACAGACAGAUAUGUCCCAGUACCCAAAGAGGGGCAGCCAUCGCCGAUCCCAGAGUUCACUGACCAUAUGAGGAGCUACAGAAAUCCAUACAAACUCAACAGAGGCCACCCAAUCACUGGCUCAAGCAACCCUUGACCCCUUCCUCUUCAUAGAGGAAACAUUGUGCCAGAGUUAUUCUUUUUUUUCCCAAUAAGAUUGACUUCUUUGGAGGAAGUGCUGGUCCCAAGGGGUUUGACACAAUGACUGGAAAACCAGUCGGCCUCUAGUUUUCUGUGGCUGCCAGGCAGCACAUCUUGCAGAGUUUAGAUAAGGAGGCUAUUUUUGUUGCAUUGAGUUCUCAAAUUGGUUUAACCCAAAACCACUCUUCUGACCCUCUAGAUAAGUGCAGCCUACAAUCCAAUGCAAUUGGGCCAUAAGUUUCCAAGACUCCAAGAAGUGUAUCAACCCAAGCAAUAUCUCAGGGUAUGGAAGUUUCUGGGUUUAUUUACCUCUCAGUAAAUAAACUGAGUUUAUUUAUGCCCAGAGUUAAAGUUUCAGAAGAGACUUGGGCAGCCCUAAGAGACUUAGGGCUUCAUCUCAAGUGUAUUGCCAUGAUGGCUGAGUUGGGGUUAUCCCUUCCAUGCACAGAGAGUUGGUUCUGCUUUUUGUCUGUAAGCCAAAGAAAAGCCACAUCUAAAGAUGAAAAGUGUAUUUGAACUCAGUGCCACAGACUCUUCUGAGGGUUGUAGGAUCUCAGCUAGCGUAAGAGGCAUGAAGAAUGCAAAAGGGAACAGAUGCACCAGAGACCCCUGUUUUGGUUGACAGACCAUAUGUCCCAACAUCUGGGGAAUCUGACAAGAGGACAUAGGCAGCACCUUUUUUUUUUUUUUUUUUUUUUUUUUUUUGAGAUGGAGUCGCUCUGUCAACCAGGAUGGAGUACAAUGACAUGGUCUCGGCU